GCGAUGCGGCCGCUAGGCAGAGGGUGAACCGAGAGAGUGGGGAAGCCGCCGCUCGGCCUGCCGGGGCGGGACCAUGGGCGCCUCGGCCUCCAAGGGCCCGCCCGCCCGAGCCCCGGCACCGGAGCCCGAGCCCGGGCCCGAGGAGGCGCUGGACCUGAGCCGCCUGCCCCCGGAGCUGCUGCUGCUGGUGCUCAGCCACGUGCCCCCCCGCGCGCUGCUGGCGCGCUGCCGCCGGGUGUGCCGGGGCUGGCGCGCCCUGGUGGACGGCCAGGCCCUGUGGCUGGUCAUCCUGGCCCGGGACCACGGCGCCGCGGGCCGCGCCCUGCUGCCGCUCGCCCGCCGCUGCCUGCCCCCCGCCGGGCCCUCCCUCCUGGGCCGCUUCUGCGAGCGCAGACCCAUCGGACGCAACCUCAUCCGCAACCCCUGCGGCCAGGAAGGCCUGCAGAAAUGGAUGGUGCAGCACGGCGGGGACGGCUGGGUGGUGGAGGAAAACCUGACAGCCGUGCCCGGGGCCCCAUCGCAGACCUGCUUCGUGACUUCCUACAGAUGGUGUCGCAAGAAGCAAAUCUUGGACCUGGAGGAGGAGGGUCUGUGGCCGGAACUGCUGGAUAGUGGCAGGCUUGAGAUUUGUGUCUCUGACUGGUGGGGAGCCCGGCACGACUGCGGCUGCAUGUACCAGCUCCUUGUCGAGCUGAUAGAUGCCAACCAGGUCGUCCUGGAGAAAUUCUCUGCUGCUCCCGAACCCAUCCAGCAGUGGAACAACCAUGCCUGCUUUCAGGUCACGCAUGUGUUCUCCAACCUCAAGAUGGGCAUCCGCUUUGUAUCUUUCGAACACUGUGGCCAGGAUACCCAGCUCUGGGCUGGCCACUACGGAGCCCGUGUGACCAACUCCAGUGUGAUCGUGCGGGUCCGUCUGUCCUAGUCGAGGGCUGUCCUCGCAAGACAGCCUGACCGUGCCUUCCGGGAGCUGGUACCGUUGAACCAGGAGCUUGUACCUCCCUGGCAUCCGGGGAACUCCUGGGACCAGUCAAGGGUCCUGCCCCAUCUCCAGGUUCUGAAAACUGCUGGAAGUUUCUUUUCUCAGGUCCGUCUACUGCUGCUGCUUUAGGGUGGCCCAUGCUGUGCUGAGGGGAGACCCACAGGAGAGCACGGGGGAAUGCAGGUCCCAGAGAGCCCCUCACCUUCAGCUCCCUUCUCCUCCCUCAGCCCCGAGAGGCAGUUGGUUUCAGCCCCAAGCUCCUCUGCCCUGUCUCCUGUUUUUGCUUCAAAGGCUUUGUUUUAUUCAUCCCUGCAAAAAAGCCUUCUCUUCAUGUCUAAACUAGAAUCUCAUCCUUAGCGGGCUUGUAAAAGACCAGCCACCUUAGGGAGGUGAAAUUAACCUCCAGAGGCUUCAAGCUUCAGGGCUGGGACCAGGUCUCGCAGCUGAACGGCAGCCAGCUCGAAGAAUGUUUGGGGGUAGAUGACCCCACCCACAAUGACUUCCCUGAAAAAUGAGGUGGUCCCCUGAGCCCAGCCCUGACCCUCAAGGACCCUUGGAAUUGUUUGGUAUUUAAAAUUAUUUUAUUUUGAAUUUUUUUGUCAAACACUGAAAGAAUAAUAUAUUAACAACCUGUAUGUGCUAAUCAUAUGUAAUAAAUUUAUUAUUUUGCCAUAA